UAGUCAAACGGAUCCUCUUUACCAAUGCCUGAUGAAACCAGGGGAAGAUUUUCGAAUUUCAGCUUAUGAUGCAAGUUUUAGCUUGGAUCCAGAGGAAAUACAGAAGGGUGAAGCUAAUCCUUGUGAUUUAAUAUCAUGUCACGGUAAAAGGAAAAGCACUUGCCACAACAUCGAUGAAAGAUUUAAGCUUGGUUUCACUCCACUACAUGUUGCUGCUGAGAAAGGUUUUGUGAUAAUUUUGAAAGUUUUACUUAAUAAAGUUUUGGAAUCUAAUAGUCAUAUUGAUCACACUGAUACAUAUAAGCGUACACCUUUUCAUGUUGCCUGUGAACAAGGACAUACACAAGUGGUUAAACUACUACUGGAACGUGGAGCUGAUAUCCAUCUCAUUGAUGAUACUUAUAAAGGCCCAGCACUUCAUAUUGCCUGCAUAAAAGGACAUGCACAUAUAGUUGGGCUGCUACUGAAUCAUAGAAUUGAUAUCAAUCACUGUAGUACUGAUGAAAAGAAACAUACUGCACUUCAUAUUGCCUGCAGAAAAGGACAUGAACAAAUAGUCAAACUACUUCUGGAGCAUAAAGCUGAUGUUAUGAAACGUGAUAAUGAUGGUCUUAAUCCUCUUGAUGUUGCUGUAGAGGAAGGACAAAAAAAUUCUGCAAUGGCCAUAGUGAAUGGUGAGAAGUGGGAGGAUGCAUUACGAAAUCUCACUGGUCUGGGAAAAUGCAAUGGAGAUAAGAGGAUAUUAUUUUGUUGCAAUAGAAGAAAGAGAAACAAUCUUAAAGUAAAUGAUGCCUCUAAUGGCAGUGAUGAUAUCAAAGAUGCUGUUGCAAGGAAGCAUUUCACAACACCAAUGAGAAGGAUAAUUCAAAAGAUGCCAGAUGUAGCUGAAGCCAUUUUUGAUCGCUGCUGUCAAAGUAAAGUAUCACCGAAUGAUCAUAAUUAUCGGAUUACUUAUAAUUAUGAGUUUCUUGAAGAUUUUGAUGAAAAAUGGACUAAGAAACCAAAAUAUUGUAGUCGAAAUCAUUGUCUAAGUAUCCUUGCUAAUUCACCAAGUGCAGACUUAUUGAAUCAUCCACUUGCCAGUACACUCCUUGAUCAAAAAUGGAAUAAAUAUGGGCAAAAAUUCUAUUACUCCAAUUUGAUAGUAUAUUUUCUGUUUGUCAUUUUAUUGUCAUCAUUUGCUCUCACUCUCCAUUCACCAAAUUCAAAAAUAUGUAUGGAGGUAUCUGAAAAUGACAAUGUCACAUUUGAUUGCUUUCCUGAAGGGCGUAACGGAUAUUUAUCUUUUGCCAGUGUAUGCCUGAUAGUUUAUUGUGUAAUCAUGAUGAUACGGGAAGUAUUUCAAAUGUUAUUGUUCAGAUUACAGUAUUUAUUCAGUUUUGUAAACUAUGUUGAAGUCCCACUAUUUAUCUUGACAAUAGUGUUUACAUUUGUCAGUAGUAACCAGUGCUUUUGCGCCCAUCCAUGGCAGUGGCAGGUUGGAGUGAUUGCUGUAUUCCUCAGUUGGAUUGCACUGAUAUUCUCCAUAAGGAAGCUACCAAUAGUUGGAAUAUAUGUGGUCAUGUUUGCUAGAAUCUUCAAAAACUUCAUAAUGGUUCUCAUCCUUGCCGUACUAUUAAUCUCAGCCUUUGCAAUUCCUUUUUAUAUGGUGUUUUAUGAUCCUCAAGAUAGAGCAGAAGGAAUACGUACUCCAUUUAUUUCUCCAUGGAGGACAAUUAUUAAAACAAUAAUAAUGACAGAGGGAGAGUAUGAAAUGGACUCAUUAUUGCGGCAGAAUAACCAAAUGAGGUUGUCUGAUGUGCAGUAUCCGGUUGUUUCAUUUUCAUUAAUAAUCGUGUUUGUGAUUUUAAUGCCGAUUCUAUUUCUUAACCUAUUGAUUAGUUUAGCUGUUGAUGACACUCAAAAAAUACGAAAAUCAGCUGAUACUUACACACAAAUUUUGAAGGUUAAAUUUGUAUUAUAUAUUGAAGUAUUUCUGAGAUCAUUUGCAAAAAUGCUUAAGUGUUCAAUGCCAGAUUGUUGGUUCAUUGUUAAACCAAAACAAAUUGUGUAUCCAAACCACUCAAAAAAUGUCUUGAGACAAAUGAGCAGUUAUAUUAAUAACAUUAUAAGAUCUUAUACAAAUCAACCUCAGAUAACUGUAGAGGAUCAGAUCAAAGUCAUCACUAAACCGUUAUCUCAGGAAGUAAAGGACCUACGUAGUUCAAUGGAUCAAAUGCUAGCUAUUGUUAACAGUAUGAAUGAAAGACAAGGAGGAGGAGGAAGGGCUUUGGAAGAGGAAUGGAAAGAGAAACAACAGAACUAGUCUUGUAUGGUUGGGUGGGAUUGGGAACUAUGAGGAGGAAAGAGAGUGGACUUUUAACUUUUAUUUUGUGGAAUUUAUUAUGCUAGUUUAGAUCUACAAUGCUGAAUUGUUCUUUUGUGUGUCCCUUUUAAGUUUUAAUGUACAUGCACAUGUACAUGUACAUGUAUUAGGAAGUAUAAAUCUUAAAAAUACUGAUUUUCAAACAUUCAAUCAAACUCAA